AUGAUUGUCUCCUAUGACCAUCGUGGCUCCAGUUACUCUGAGAGCUUCAGAUCCAGAGCGUCUCUGUUUGAGGAUCAGAUCUCCAGAGGAAACGGCGACCUGCUGCUGAGAGGAGUGAAGGUUGAUGAUGAGGGACGAUAUUUGUGCGUUGAAGAAAUAAAUGACAUCUAUUAUAGACAUUAUGUUGACUUUACCAUAGAAGCUCCAGGUUCUGACAUCAGAAUCCAUCAGUAUGGAAACAGAACCACCUGCAGCUCAGAGGGAAUCUACCCUCAACCUGAACUCACCUGGUCCCCUGAGCCUCCAUCCAACACGGCUCUGCAGAACAGAACCACAGUCCAUCAGACUGAGGAGAAGCUUUAUGACAUCAGAAGCUCUCUGACGGGUCCAGACGGUUCUGAUUGGAUAUAUAGCUGCACCAUCAGAACCAGCAGGAACUGGUGGAAAACAAGUUUAACCAGAGCAGAGUCUGGAACCAGCAUGUCCUGUGUUAUCAACCAGGACUGUAUUUUACCAUGUCGGUUCAGGAAUCGGGUUGCCAACAUGACAUGGGAGCGUGAAAUACCAAAAUCAGGGAUUGUAAGUUAUGACCAGGGUAACAUCAGAACCUCUGAGAGCUUCAGAUCCAGAGCGUCUCUGUUUGAGGAUCAGAUCUCCAGAGGAAACGGCGACCUGCUGCUGAGAGGAGUGAAGGUUGAUGAUGAGGGACGAUAUGAGUGUCAUGUUUUUACAACUGGCAUCUAUUAUAGACGUUCUGUUGUCCUUGAGAUAGAAGCUCCAGUCUCUUCAAUCAGAAUCUAUCAGGAAGGAAACAGAAUCACCUGCAGCUCAGAGGGAAUCUACCCUCAACCUGAACUCACCUGGUCCACUAAGCCUCCAUCCAACAUGACUCUGCAGAACAGAACCACAGUCCAUCAGACUGAGGAGAAGCUUUAUGACAUCAGCAGCUCUCUGAUGGUUACAGAUGAAGAUCCAUAUCUGAUGUACAUAUGCGGCAUCGGAACCAGGGAGAACCGGAGGAGAGCAAUUCUAAAUUUUCCAGGUGCUGAGGUUCCAAUCAGCUGCACUUCCUUCAACAUUUCUGCGUCCAGUUUGGUCUGGAGGUUCAACCAGCGUCAGAUCAUCCUGACCAAGACUGACAGAAACAUCUACAACAUCUCAGAGGAGUGGAGGAAACAUGUGAGGGAUGUUUCAGCGUCCGGCAGCCUCACCUUACAGAAUGUGACCUCAGAUCAGGAGGGAGUUUACAGCUGUGAGCUCAGUGAUGAUGAGACGAUGAUAACUCAGCUCUAUCUGAGGAGGACUGGAGAGAAUCUGGUGGUUCCUGAACUCAUCAGACGGUCGGUGGUUUGUGUUGUGAUUGCAGCAGCAGCAGCUGGAUUCAUAAUGUUCUACAAGAAGAAGAUGGAGGAAAGUGAAGCUCUGCAGCUUUAAAGCUUUCAUUCACAUUCAGAGAGUGGUUUUGUUUUAAUGCCAUUCUCCCAUUUUACCCUCAAGAUGAUUGAUGAGCUGUGAUGGUUUCACUAAAUGAUCAGCUUCAUGUUCUUGAGAUGAUUCUCAUAUUUGGAGAUAUUUCUGUUUUUAUUUUUAGGAUGAUUUCAUCUUCUGCCCAGCAGGGGGCGCAGCUAAACAUAUUCUUUAUAUUCUUCCAGCUAAACUUUCUCAGAUCUUUAUCAAUAAAAUGUUUAUUUCUAUAGAAAAUUAGUUUUUUAUUACAUCUAUUGAUGAUUUAUGAGCUUUUAUGAUUUACAAGCUUUAUGUAGUUUUACAUUAUUAGUUCUCUAUAUUUAGUUUUUCCUCACAUUUGUACAUAUUUCUGUUUAAUCUAAAUGUGAAGAUUUUACUCUGGUUGCAUCUUCUGCCCAGCAGGGGGCGCAGCUAAACAUGUUCUUUAUAUUCUGCCAGUUUCUCAGAAAUUAACCAAUAAAAUGUUUAUUUCUAUAGAAAAUGAAUUGUAUUACAUAAAUAGAUGAUUUGUGAGCUUUGAUGUAGUUUAGCAAAAUGAUUAUUUCUUCGUGUUCUUUUGUUGUUUCUCAUAUUUGUUAAUUUAUGUUCAUGUCUUUUAAUUAUUUGUCACAUUUGCAUAUAUUUCAGAUUUUUUCCUAAGAUUUUACUGUGUGUGUAACAUCUGCCCAGCAGGGGGCGCAGCUAAACAUAUCAUUUAUAUCCUUCCAGCUAAACUUUCUCAGAUCUUUA